UAGAAACAAAACCCUUACAAUUUACAAACACCAAGUUUCCAUUAUGGAUCCUAAAACAAACUUUCAAGCUGAUGAGCACCAAAGACGCUCUGCCAAUUACAAGCCAAAUAUUUGGAAGGAUGGUUUCCUUGAAUCUCUGAACAACAAAUACGUUGGAGAUGAUUAUACAAGGCAGUCUAAGAAUCUAAUAGAACAUGUGAAGAAGAUGUUUGUUGAAACUGAAGAUUUGAUAGCUCAAUUGGAGCUGAUUGACAGAAUUGGAAAACUAGGCCUCACGAACUACUUUGAAAAGGAAAUCAAGGAAGCCCUAGACACUAUUGAAAAUAGCAACACAUGCAUAACAGAGAACCUUUAUGCUACUGCGUUGCACUUUAAGAUCCUCAGGCAGCAUGGCUAUAAAGUAUCGCAAGAUGUUGUUGGUGGCUUCAUGGAUGAGGAGGGUGCAUUAAAGGAAAGCAAUUAUUGGGAUGUCAAAGGCAUGCUUGAACUUUUGGAGGCCUCAAACCUGGCUUUUGAAGGCGAAAGGAUCUUAGAUGAGGCGAAAGCUUCCGCUACGGUGGCUCUCAGAGGUUCCAGUGUCUGGAAUCUGGACAAUAACCUUGCCAGGCAAGUGGUCCAUACUUUGGAGCUUUCAUCACACCGAAGAGUAGGGUGGUUUAAUGUCAAAGGGCACAUACACGCCUAUGAGAAAGACAAUCACGCCAACACCAUUUCAUUACUUGAAUUGGCUAAACUCAACUUUAACAUGGUUCAAGCAGCACUGCAAAAAGAUCUGAGGGAAGUAUCCAUGUGGUGGAACAAUCUGGGCCUCAAAGAACACUUGAAGUUUGCGAGAGAUAGACCGGUCGAGUGCUUCAUGUUUGCUGUAGGAUUAAAUGUCCAUCCUGGCUACACAUCUUUUCGAAUUUUGCUUAGUAAAGUCAUCAACUUGAUUCUGAUAAUAGACGACGUUUAUGACAUUUAUGGCUCAUUGGAAGAGCUAAAGAUCUUCACCAACGCCGUCGAUAGGUGGGAUGUUGGGGUAACUGAGCAGCUUCCAGAGUGUAUGAAGAUCUGUUUCCAAGUGCUCUACAACACAACUUGUGAAUUUGCUCAUGAAAUUGAGGAGGAGAGUGGUUGGAAUCUAGCGUUACCUCAUUUGAGCAAAGCGUGGGCAGAUUUCUGUAAAGCAUUAUUAGUAGAGGCAGAGUGGUACAGCACGGGCUACGCACCAUCCUUUGAAGAGUACCUAAGUAAUGGAUGCAUUUCAUCAUCAGUUUCAGUCCCUUGGGUUCAUACAUUUUUCUCCACAACCCAUCGUGACGGAAUCAAAGAGAUUGCUGAUUUUCUGCACAAGAAUGAAGAUCUUGUGCAUAACAUAUCUCUGAUAGUUCGGCUCACCAAUGAUAUGGGAACUUCCGCUGCUGAACAAGAGAGAGGCGAUGCUCCUUCAGCAAUCCUAUGUUACAUGCGAGAGAUGAAUGCUUCUGAAGAUACAGCUGAGGCGAAGAUUAAGGGCAUGAUAGACAAUGCGUGGAAGAAAAUAAAUGGGAAAUGCUUGAGAACCCCACAACAAGUGUCUUUUCUCUCACCAUUCAUCAACAACUUUGCCACAAAUAUUGCGCGAAUGACGCACAGCCUUUACCAAGCUGGAGAUGGAUUUGGUGAUCAAGAACAAGGCUCUCGGCUGAUCCAAUCCAUGCUGGUUGAGCCUUUACCACUUUGAAGAGUUGGAAUCUAGAGAGUCAUCAAUAGUGUUUAAUAAGUAUAGAUCUGUAAGAGUACAUCCAUUGUAAGGUGAGCUUCUAUUAAAAGUAAUGCAUCGUCUAUAGUUUAAAUUUAGAAAAUAAAAUUAUUAGUUGUAUCUUU